ACGCAGCAAUAGAAGACCGAGUAGUGAAGUGGCAGCAGGCGCUUUCUCGAACCAUCGCUCUGCGUUUUUAUACCGCUAUACACGAGCAUAAAAUUCAGCGCAAGAGCAUAGCUGAGUCGAAAGAUCAGUCCGAGCUUGCUGGACUCUUUUCAUCCCGUGUUGGUUUACAAACGUCCUCUGGAAGAGAAAUUUUUCACCGUCCGCGCGAGCAAACGCGAGUCGAAUUCGAGUGUUGUUUGUUGGUGGUGCGCCUCGGAGAAAAAUUGGUGAAGAAAAAAAACGCUGAAAUUUAUCUUUUUUCCUUGGUGCAAGAGUGAGAGGCGUGAAUAUCGUGGUGGUAGUGUGAGCAGAAGCUCAGACUUUUAGAGAGCCCGUACGCAUGAGACGCAGGGAAAGCAGAGAGGAAACAAGAGGCGCUGAACGACGAAGCAAGUGUGUUUUACUGUAGAAGCAAGCAAUACAAAAACGACGAAUAUUUCUAGUGAAGUGAAAAUACACCCAAACCACGGCGUGUAGUGUGGAAUAAUUCAAUCGGUAGUUUCAAGGAAAACCAAUAAGAAAAAAAGAGGCAAAAAAGUGUGAUAUUGCGUGGGGAAAAGAACAACGAAAAUGUCCCUACCGAUAAACUCUCUCUACUCACUGACGUGGGGAGACUACGGGACGUCGCUAGUGUCCGCCGUACAGCUGCUACGAUGCCACGGAGAUUUGGUGGACGUAACAUUGGCCGCCGGUGGCCGGAGCUUUCCGGCGCACAAGAUAGUACUUUGUGCAGCCAGUCCGUUCCUGCUGGAUUUGCUAAAGAACACCCCUUGCAAACACCCCGUCGUUAUGUUGGCCGGUGUGAAUGCCAACGAUCUGGAGGCGCUGCUCGAGUUUGUCUACCGCGGGGAAGUGAGUGUUGAUCACUCGCAGUUGCCUUCGCUGCUACAGGCGGCUCACUGUCUCAACAUUCAGGGGCUGGCACCGCAAACUGUAUCCCACAAGGAUGAUAAUACAACGUACACCACAUCGAUCCAGUUGCAUCCAACUCUGGUACCGCAGAAUCACUCCGUCAAGGCGGUCAUCGACGUCGGAAACAAUGUUUGCACGGAAGAUCUCAUCACCACAUUGACCCCUACGCAAACCGUCCAGGCCCAGGUUAUCGAAACAAUCACUCCGGAUCAGAUGAGCGAUGAAGUCACCAAGGACGUCAUCAGCCAGUUUUUGCCCACCCGCAAGCGCAAGCAACGAACGAAGAAACCCUCACAGUCGAGCGGACAGAAUAUGACCGGAAUACAGGCAACCGCUACCGUCACCGCUGGAGGAACCAAUGCUGCUAAGGUUAUGAAAACAGAUGAGGAAGGAACUAUACAGACCAUUAUCGUGAACAGUGCCGAAGAAGCUGCUAACGUUGUAAAGGACAUCAAGAAGGAAGCGACUGCUGAUGGCGCCUCGGUUAUGGAAUCAAAGGACGGAAUCAUCAAAAUCAAAAACAAAUCGCAAUCGGAACAACCUGCCACUUGCCCUAUUUGCCAGGCCGUUAUCCGUCAGUCACGUAACCUGCGUCGUCACCUUGAACUAAGGCAUUUCAAGAAACCUGGUAUUAAGAAGGAACGCGUCAAGAAAAACAAAGGACAGGCAAACACUAGCGGCGCCAAUGGAAGUGGAGUUGGAAACACAUCGGCGGAACAACAGGCACAUGCUCAGCAACAGGCCCAACAGCAGACUACCAUCGAAACGGCAGGAACGAUAUCGGUUACGGUUUCCCAGGCACAGGCCCAGCAGCUCGAACAGGCAGCGGCAAACGGACAGCAACAUGUGGUCACUCAGCACGAGAACGCCGACGGAACAACUUCGCUCUCGAUUGCCCAGGUACAGACGUUGGACGGACAUCAGCUGGCGAUCGGAAACUUGAAUCAGGCCACCCUCAUCCGCACCGGUGAAUCGAUCGAAGCAGGAAUCAUCGCCACACACGAGCCAACCCUUCGCCCGCACACCGAACUGUUCCGCGUCGGCAACACCGUCUACACGAUAGAGGAACGUCGACCGGAUCAACCGAAUCGUUUGACUUAGAACGAUGACGAUGACGUCGACAAUGGUGGCGACGUGUACGAGAUAGUUGAAGGGGUCGAUUACGAUUGCAUCAUCGAUAGUGGCGUGGACGUGGAGAUCGAGGAGGAAACGGGCGAGGGAAUCGUGGUAGAGGACGAAGAAGAAGUGGCCAUGGAUUCGGGCGGUGCUGGUGGAGGAGUGGAUGCCACCGGUGGGGUAAUUAUCGAUACCACUAACGAUGAUGGGAACGGCGAUAUAGAGAAUGAUGGCGGACAGCACCGGCAGCAGCAGCAGCACCAUCAUCAGGUGGGUACGCAAACGGGGGAAACCACGAUCGUAACCGUUACUACUGCCGGAGGGGUUGUGGCAGCGGCAACGACCGCUGGUGGUAGCGCCGUAAGUAGUAAUCGUAAUUCGAUCUCCAACAACAGAAACAGCAGUAAUACUAGAGGAAGUAACACCGCGGAUGGGGAUUUGGCGUCGUCCUACAAACACUUUUUUAUUCUUUAAUUUGACGAGAGGGUGGGAAGCAAGAGAGCAACUGCUCUGAAACAGAGUGAGGAAGAUAUGUUUUUUUAAUUUUACAAAAGGAGAAGCGUUGUAUUCAUGCUGCGACAGUGAAUGUAAAUACUAAUUUACAUUGAGACACACGUGUAGAGAAUGGUUUGUUUACGAACAAACAUGAGAACAUUCAGUCAUCGGAAGAAAAAACAACAAACUGAACGAAUAAUUGGUUGUUGAAGAUGAGGAAACUUGUUUUAGUAAAAUUUUAGCGAAUCGCCGGAGAAAAGUUAUUCAAUUUCACACAGCUAAGGUUAGGUUUUUCACAAUUACGUUUAUUUUAAAAAGCAGAUACUAGAAUGAUUCAUAUUUCAUAAACAUAUAUUUUAUUGUCUUGUAAAUAGCUACUUAUUGGACAAAAAGUAACGAUUAGUAAUAUGGAUAAACAGUAAGCGAACAACAAGAAAACAAUAUUCAGAGAUCUUUACCAUAUAUGCAAAUGUAAGUAGAACUUUCUGUCUGGCAGAAACGCGCAAAGACACGAUGCGGAAUCUUCAAACGAACGUGUUGUAUGAAAAAUUGCUUUCCAGCGAAGAAUGCUGCUUAAAGGGAAAGACAAACCAGACCGCAAAAAGUUAUUUUAUGGAAAAUUUGUGGAGGUGCAGUACGUGCAAGUUAAUAGUUAGUUUCGAAGUAGAACACACAGAAUUUUAUUUUUAUAUGUUUAUUGGAGAAAAUUCAGCAAGGACCAGCUAGAUUUAAUUAAUUGUGGUGCACUACAUUAAACAAAGAGCAAAUCACCGUCACGAUUUUCAAAACAAUACCUACAGCUUGUCACUAAUCGUGGAUCGUCCCUCCCAAACCCGCUUUGUUGGUCGCUGCUGUAUGAUUCUACCUUCAAGCGCUAUCAGCUAAACACUACACGAGAGAAUACCUUAUAGGCGGUAUUUAGAAUCGGGGAGAUAUUACGCUUGAGUUUAUGGCCCUUGCAGGUAGGUCAUAUGACCAAUCCGAAGACAUUUCUUCUUCCCAUUGGUCGCCCCGAUCACAUACACACUCAAUUCAGUUCGGUAAUUUUCGCACAGCUGAACAGUCAGUAAAAUUUUUCUACUGAUAACUCAGCAAAGUGGUUUUAAUUUACUGAUUUUCAGCGAUAUAUUUUCCGAGUUUCAGCAAAACAAACGUCACUUUCACUGAGAUCUCGGUAAAAGCUUUGUUAGCUGAGUGCUCGGCUGUGUAAAACUCGGUAAAAGUUGCAAUAAAAUCUGGGGUUCGGUAGAACAAAAUUAAGUGUGUAGUGGAUUGCUUCAUACAGUCGAUCACGCCCGAUUUCUGGAUGCUCGGGUUUCCAUCGUAGGUAGUGCCACAGCUUGCCCAUUAUUCUCUAUCCUUGUUCUGUUUAUGCAUUCUCUAGCUACUUGCCCGCUCAACCUUAUUCUUCAUUACAACGGUUCGCUUCUGCGUGCGAAUAUGAAAAGGGAGAGGGCUGACUGGGUUGUGAACAGGGUUUUGUUAUUGGGCUGUAACUUUUUAUAGAAUGAAGAUAUCGAAUAAUCUAACAUACCGUUGGAAAGCUGAAUAUAAUUUCUCUAUCUCAACAAUUUUGUGUUAUGAUCGAAGUGUUAGUCUCUACGGCCAACUUUCGGAGGACGUGAAUAAGGGUGAAUAACUCAAAUUGGCUACCACAUCUGUACGAUCUAUCAACAGUUUCCCAUUCAGGUCGAUGAUCUAAACCCGUGUCGAGGUACCUUUUCUCCUCGUGUUGUACGUUUUGUAAAACUUUCGCGUGUUGUUCUUGACAAAGCUUUCCUCUGCUUUCGUGGGUACAUUCUCGUUGUACUCACGUGACUGUGCUCAGCUAAUCCAUAUCGGUACUUGCUCUGACGCGUUGUCGCAACAAGCAUUAUGUUUCCAUUUUGGUUUUUCUUGUCUGCCGCUAUUUGGAAACUUUUUUUAUUCAACUUGUAAAAUGGACAAAUAACUUAUAAUUAUGUCAUCAAUCGCGAUUCCCAAAUAUCCCAUUUGAGCCCUAUUCUCAUAGUCACGCCACCUAGUGACUAGAAGGAAAUUUCUUCUAGUCACUAGGUGACGUGACUGUGAGAAUAGGGCCCACACUUUAAUUGAAACUUUUGGGGAAUAAAUAUUGCAAUAGUGCCUGGCGUUCUGUUCCUUAGCGAAAAAAGGAUCAAUCGUUUCCGCCUUCGCAUCAGCAAACCAAAGCUUCUGGCUUUGCUUCCCUUUGGGACUUUGCUUCUCUCGGGACUUUGUAAUCGUUUAUUGAGGGCUUUAACCAGAUGGUCAUUCACCCGUAGGACUCUCGGGACUUGCCAUUUGCUUUAAGCGUCGUGUACGUCGUGUGACUGUUUGGAUAUAGUGUCUAACUAGUGCUGAUUUUGACACUAGUAUAGAUACAUCGUCUAGCUUGGCCCCAAGUUGGUGCUAGUUACUGACGAGAUGAAUUCGAAACACAAAAAUCCAACUUAAUUUAAAUUAGGUUUUGUGCCCUUGUUGCACAAAUUGGAUUAAUCUAAUUUUCUUCUUUCUGAGAAUAAAUAUAGCAUAGGCCCGAAUGUUUUUGAUCGUUUUUCAUCUUUCCUGAUGUAGCACAUUUACUGAAUUUGACUCCAAAACAGAGUGCACUACACAACCCAAUGAGAAGUUAAAGAAAAAAUACAACACGUUCGUAAGUUUUCGGGAUAUUGAAAUAAAAAAAAGAUGGGGCGUGUUAAGAAAUUUAAAUUAUUCAGCACAUAAAAAUAUUGAUUGAUGGAGCAAACAAGUUAAAUCAUUUGUGUGUGAGAGUGCGUCAUCACUAGUUUGUAAGUGAGUUCGAUGAAACAAGAAAAAAAAAAAACGAAAAUGACCGUAACUAUACAAUUUUAGCAUAUACAUAAAAGAUAUAAUAAAAUUAUAAGCAAGGUAAAAUAUCUAGCUGAUAAGAACAUUUCUUUUUAACAAACUCACUCUAGCAAUUAAUGACCCAAACAGAUUUAUUCCUCCCACUAGCAGAAGCGACAAAUGAGAAUAAGCAAAAACCAAGAUCAAUAAGGUACAGCUCUCCUUUUUACGAAGAGCGCGUAAGGAAUUGCGGCAGCAGGCAAACAAAUAAAUGCGAAUGUGUAAUAUCUAACGUUAAGCAAGAUCGUGCGUGAAAAAAGAAUCCCAUUUUUUGAACCCGAAAUUAGAACAAAAGUACAACCGAAAACAAAAAUCACGAGAAAGCCAUGAACCCGUUUUCGAACAGCUACCUGUUGGGGAAAGACGUAAAUUGUAGUAUAUAACAGAAAAAAGUAAAAAAAAACUGUAAAACUGUAACAUGUUAACGUGUGUGUGUAGUUCUUUUCUUUGUUCUCGUCACUAAGGUGUGCAUUUAUGGUGAGCUCCUUUGAGAGACAACAUUAGCAACAUGAAAAACUUACAUCAUGAAACUUACCGCUUGAUACAUUGUCUGUAAGUAAAUACAAGAUAGCAAGUCGCGAAUUCGAUGGUUCAUCAUUUGCGCACUUUCACAUAAAAUUAUUAAGCAAAACAAUUUGACUUCAUCGUAGAACAGAGGAAUCACCAAGCUAGAUCCACUCGGGCUACACAUUGUAUAGGUAGAUUGUAUCGUGCAUCUCACAUUUUCAAUUCACAACUCGGUAAAUUAUGAUCAAUAUGAUGUUUAAACGAUAUGGUAUAAUACAUUAAAUAAAAAUGCAUACAAAAACAAAAUCAACCAUAUAGUAGCAGAGCAUAAUAGGGCCUGCAAAGUGGGAUGAACUUGUGGAAACGAGAGAUGAAGGAUAUGCAUCAAAUUUAAAUCUUAAAGUGAACGAGUUUUUCAAAAACGAGAAGGAAAAUUAGAUAUAAAUGUGUGUAAAUACAGAAGAAAAUAAAGUGGAAAAUCAUGUAAAA